AAGCUGCUGAAAGGGAACUUUGAGUGACUUGCUAUCUGUUGAUAAGAAAGCCCAGAAGGGAGGGAAUGAGAUCUGAGGAAAGAAAAAAUGUUCCAUUCAUCCACUAAGUAACCUUAGUCAGAGAGGGGCCACAUCGACUGCGCCUUCUUUUCUUCAUUGUAUCUAAGUUCCCUGGCAAUCAUACAGUAUUUACGACUGUUGUGCUAAUGUACUGCUCAGACCCAGAUCUGGUUUCUGUGAUAUGGAUGCAGGGAAAUUCCUGAAGGAGGGGUGGCAGAUGUCCGAAGGGGUACAAACAGCAGGAAUUAUCUUCAUAGUCUGCAGUUCUCUGAAACUUCUGCACUUUUUGGGGAUUAUUGAUUUCUCUGAGGAUGAUAGUGUGGAAGAUGAGUUUGAACUGUCUACAGUGUGUCAUCGGCCAGAGGGAUUGGAGCAGCUACAGGAACAAACCAAGUUCACCAAGAAAGAGCUGCAGAUUCUCUACCGAGGAUUUAAAAAUGAAUGCCCCAGUGGUAUUGUCAAUGAAGAAAAUUUUAAACAGAUUUACUCACAGUUCUUUCCACAAGGAGAUUCUAGCACAUAUGCACACUUUCUGUUUGAGGCAUUUGAUACAGACCAUAAUGGCUCAGUCAGUUUUGAGGAUUUUGUAUCCGGCUUAUCCAUUAUUCUACGAGGGACCAUUAAUGAUAGGCUGAGCUGGGCCUUCAACCUUUAUGACCUGAACAAAGACGGUUGCAUAACAAAAGAGGAAAUGAUGCAUAUCAUGAAGUCCAUUUAUGACAUGAUGGGCAAGUGCACAUACCCUGCCAUGAGAGAGGAUGCACCCCAGGAACACGUGGAGAGCUUCUUCCAGAAAAUGGACCGAAACAAAGAUGGAGUAGUAACCAGAGAAGAGUUCAUAGAGUCAUGUCAAAAGGAUGAAAACAUCAUGAGAUCCAUGCAACUCUUUGACAAUGUGAUUUAACCAGUUCACUGUGGAUACCAUCUACCCAUACCCACUCACCUCAUGACUAGACUGGACUGGAGUCUACCUUUGGUGAUGUUUCCUGGUUCAACUAAUAGAAUAGCUCAUCUGAAGAAAUAUUUAUUUCAUAGGAUUUUUUUUCAACUUCUGGAAUAUAGGACACAGUGACAAAAAGGAACACAAAGUGACUCUACAUGGAGAGUAUCAUUUUUCUAUAUUGACAAAACAAGAAACAUUAAUGAACUUCUGAAACUGCAAGGGUGUGGCUUGAAUUAUAAACUGAAAAUAAAUUGCACUGUAUCUAAGUGAUUUCUUUUUCUUAAUGCACGCAACAUUGUAUGGAAUGCCUCACUUUUUCCAGCAUGGCACUUUCAGCUACACUGAAGUUAUCUUUGUACAAUUUUCAAAAGGUGAUUAGGGCUGGCAGGGGGGUGAAGAGGACUGACAAAAAUGUAUUUAUUAACAUAAUGAAACAUGUGCUUGCUAGACAUGCAAAUAAAUAUGAUUUUCAAAGCUGACACACGUUAAUGCAUAACUGUUGCCACAUCCACAUGUACUCUGCACCCAUACUCAUACUCUGUCUUCCGUGCACCAUUUAUUUGUGAUUAUACUUUAGACAAAGUACAGUACCUCUAUCACUAAACUACCCCUGCACCGAGGAACAGAUGGAUGACAUUUUUGUUUUACAGUUGUAUAAGCAAAAAUGCUUUUCAGAAGUAUUGCUAGCAGUUAAAAAACUCUGCAGCCACCAAACUCAAUUCUGUGGCCCUAAAGGUUAUUUUGAAUUUUAAUUCCUACCCUUGUCUUUUGUAUAAUAUCACAAUCCAGCUCUUUUUUCUAUUACAAUAGUGUAUCAAUUUAGCAAUUUUCAUUUCUUUUGGUAGGUUGUUUUACAUGUCCACCAAGCUUUCUAUGAAAAUUCUUAUGGACAUGCUUUUGAAUGUUUUAGCUGCUAGUUUAGGUGAAUUGCCUUGCAUUCCUGCAUCCUAGUGCAAAUGUAUAAAAGAAAUCCUAGAUGUUAAAUUUGUUUUGCCUGCAAAAUAUGCAGUCAUGGUACAAGCAAUAUGCAGUAUUCCAGUAGUGUUUUACAUCCUUUUGUCUAGACAUGACAGUCCUUCACUCCUUCCCAAGUAAUCUAUGAAUCUUUUGCUGUCAAUGUAAACUUAAGCCCAGGGUAAGUUCAAGACAGUACAGCAGUAGGAGAUAUAACAACCUUACUUCUUACAGGAACCUGUGUUUAUCAUCCACUGACUGUUUUACAGAAUCUUAUCCUAUGUAUCACUGAUAUUUACUCUGUGUAACUGAUAUGAGCAGCUGAUUUUAGUCUUGGAAAAAUGAAUCCUUAGCCUGAAAUAACCAUCUUCCUUUUCAUGUACACAUUACUUAAGAAAAGUAUUGAAAAUUGGAAGUGCAUACUCAAUACAUUCAUUUUGUUACAUUGCUGUUUUUAUACAUGACAUCCAGUAUAUCAUUUCGAUUGUUUAUGAAAUAAUUUACCAUAAAAUCAAGUCACGGUGGGUGUUCA